AUGUCCUUGUGUUUGUUUGGCACGUUAAUGGGAAGCCUUUCGUUCAUGCUUGUGGAGAACAGGACGGAUGAGGAAUACGGCAGGACUCUGUGGGAAUUCGGAAAUGCUACUGGCUCAGGGAGCUGGCAAAAGAUUGCGCUAUCAUUGUCCAACGUGUCUGACAGGUUCUGGUUACAGCUGAACACUGCAUGGACCGACGAGUCAAGUGCAGUAAUUGCACUGGAUAAUGUGACUGUUAGCCUCGACUGUUAUCUAACAAGUAGUGCAGACAACUCAUCCAAAGAUGAUGCUCCUAAUUCCAGCCAGCGCUUGCUGGGAGAAGCCUUUGUGAACAAGACUGUUGUAGCAGCUAGCAAGAAGAUGCAAGAAGAGAUUGAAGUCAGUGGGAUGUCAGGUCCAUGGAUCAUUACAACCUGUGGUGCAAGUGGCCCCAAAGGACCGACACAGACUCAAUGCAACAAUGCGUACCGCAAUACAAAUACAUCUGUGGUGGUCGUGGCUGGCAGAAUUUGGCAAGGCAUUCAGAAGUGGAGAGUGCCAUCAACCGACACAUACAAGAUAUCCGCUUACGGAGCUGCUGGAGGCAUCGGGGGAAAGAGCAACUUCCGGAGGUUUCAUGGUGUGUUAGUACAAGCCACGUUCCACCUGGAGAAAGAUACUAUUCUCCAUAUACUGGUUGGGCAGCAGGGAGAAGAUGCCUGCCCUAAUGCAAAUCCCAUCAUCCAGAGUGUUUGCUUAGGAGAGAAUAGUGCUAUUGAAGAGGAGCUGAAAAGGAGUGGCAACGUCUCACAAUGGGCUGGAGGUGGAGGAGGAGGUGGCGGGGCCACCUUUAUUUUCAAGAUGGACAAGGGGGAACCAGUCCCAUUGGUGAUAGCGGCAGGUGGAGGUGGCAAAGCCUAUCUGAGUAAAGAUUCCAGUUUCCCAGAGGAGCUGUUAGAAACUGAUUCUUCUAUUCAUGGAGUGAAUGGCAGAUCUGGUGCAGCAGGAGGCGGCGGAGGUUGGAGUGAUGUGACCAUCCUCAAGUGGUCGGGCAAGUCCCUGACGGAAGGAGGUGAAGGUGGGCAGUCCUGCCCACAGGCCAUCAAGAAGUGGGGCUGGAUAAUAAAUGGAGGCUUUGGAGGCGGGGGAGGAGCUUGUACUGCAGGAGGAGGUGGUGGAGGCUACAUAGGGGGAAAUGCAACUGUGAGUAAUAAUCCGGAGAAAGAUGGUGGCUGUGGUGUUUCUUACAUUAGUCCACUUGGUGAAAUGUACACGCCAGCACUGGCAGUAACAGAAAGCCACGGGGAGGUUGAAAUUAUGCUGCAUUUAAAUUGCAGUCACUGUGAACAUAAUGACUGUAUAUUUGACCAUCUCAAAGAAGAGCUUGUUUGCCUGUGUGAACCAGGAAAGAUUCUGGCUUCAGACAGUGUUACCUGCAUUUUUGCCCCGGACGGCCACCUGCCGUUUUCCCUCGUGCUAUCGGUGGUGUUGUCUAUCGUGGUGGCAGCCUUGCUGCUGGCCUUCUCGGGAAUCAUGAUCGUGUAUCGACUCAAACACCAAGAGCUGCAAGCCAUGCAGAUGGAACUGCAGAGUCCCGAUUACAAGCUCAGCAAGCUACGAACUUCCACCAUAAUGACCGACUACAACCCCAACUACUGCUUCGCUGGGAAAACAGCCUCCAUCAGCGAUCUCAAAGAGGUUCCUCGGAAAAGCAUAGUCCUCAUACGUGGUCUUGGCCAUGGAGCCUUUGGCGAGGUAUAUGAAGGCCAAGUGACAGGUGUUCCUGGUGAACCCAGCCCGUUGCAGGUUGCUAUCAAGACAUUGCCUGAAGUUUGCUCUGAACAGGAUGAGCUGGAUUUCCUGAUGGAAGCCCUGAUAAUCAGUAAAUUCUGCCAUCAGAACAUUGUGCGAUGUAUUGGAGUGAGCCUGCAGGCUCUCCCUCGCUUCAUCCUGCUGGAGUUGAUGUCUGGGGGAGACGUGAAAUCCUUCCUCCGAGAGUACCGACCGAAACCGGGGCAACUAUCAACUCUCAGCAUGAUCGAUUUACUGAAUGUGGCUUGUGACAUUGCCCGGGGCUGCCAGUACUUGGAGGAGAACCACUUCAUCCAUCGGGACAUCGCUGCAAGAAAUUGCCUGCUUACAUUCAAGGAUUCAGGAAGAGUGGCUAAGAUUGGAGAUUUUGGAAUGGCUCGUGACAUAUACAGGGCUAGUUAUUACAGGAAGGGAGGACGUGCCAUGCUCCCAGUGAAGUGGAUGCCACCAGAAGCUUUCUUGGAAGGAAUAUUUACCUCAAAAACCGACACCUGGUCCUUCGGAGUGUUACUGUGGGAAAUCUUUUCACUCGGGUACAUGCCAUAUCCCAGCAAGAGUAACCAAGAGGUGCUGGAGUUUGUCACUAAUGGUGGCCGAAUGGACCCCCCGAAGAACUGUCCUGGCCCAGUGUACCGAAUAAUGACUCAGUGCUGGCAGCAUCAGCCAGAAGACAGACCCAAUUUUGCAACCAUAUUGGAAAGAAUAGAUUACUGUACACAGGAUCCAGAUGUCAUUAACACUUUGCUGCCGGUGGAAUACGGACCUCCUGCAGAAGAAGAAGGGAAUGUUCCCAUGCGGCCAGAUGACCCUGAUGGAUUGGCACCACUGUUGGUUUCUCCUGCCCAAGGGACGGAGAAUGAGCACAUUUCCACUGACCCUUCCCCGUCACCCCAGCGUCCCACCAGCCUCUGCCUUGGUGAGCAUCGAAUGAGACUCGUUCCCAACGACACGGCCGCUGUUCCUGCUGGAGGUCCAGCAGAGGGGGGGCCUCAUGUCAACAAGAUAUACUCACAAAUGAACAGCUCCUCCACACUACAGCAAGGUAGGGGCUCCCGGAAAAAUCCAACCAACCUCUGGAACCCCACUUAUGGGUCUUGGUUCACGGAAAAACCUGUUGUGCAAAUCAACUGCAGCACGUUGACUGACAACCGACCGCCCGACAGAGAGGACUCUGGCUUCCGGGCCAGCAGCAGCAGCGUUCCCUCUGCUCCCAUCCCAGCGCCCAGGCUGCAGGCCUCCGCGGUUGUUCUAGAACCUUCUUCCCUCGUGGCCAACACGUUGGAUGUGCCUCUGUUCCGGCUGCACCAGUUCCCGUGUGGGAAUGUGAGUUACGCCUUCCAACAGCAGCAGAACCACCAUCACCAAGGACUGUCUUCUGAGUCGACAUCUGCUUGUGCUUCUUGUAAGGAAGAUUACAACUCACAUGUUAGCAAGGGCUUACCCAUCCAGCAGGACCCACGUGUACAUCCUGUUGCCAAUAUACCCACAUGGGACUCGGGACUCUCUCUAGCAGAGGAUGUAAAUGUUACUAUACUGUAAUGGAGGUAAACGUAAAGAUGGUUUUAUUUCGGCAAGUGUCAGACCUAAUAAAAGCAGUUGCAAGUACCAUUUGGCUCACAGGACUAGCACAGGUUCUUGUUUUAAGUCCAAAAUAUAAUGCGAGACAUAACUGAAUGCAAAGUAUGCUCCAAUACAACUGUCUAUCUAUGUCCAACUGUCUGUCUAUCCCCAAUACCACUAAUGCAUUGGAAAGUAUCCAAUACAGCCAAUGUAUUUGAAAGUAUCAAGCAUACAUACUGGCAAAUUUGGGCCAUCAUUGUAAGUAAGCCAUUUCAGUACCCAGUGAGUUAAUUUAUAAUGUUUUUUUUUAGUAAAGGUUCCAAAUCAAGCUAAAUCCGAAAGACAGAAUUUGUCACUAAUUUUGUUGGGUUUAAUUCCUCUGCAAAAAGGUAGGAACCACAACAUCAAAGGAAGGGGCAGAUCGGAAUUUAAGUCUAUGAGGGGCAUUGUGAUCUCAAAAUGAAGAAAUUGUUUGCAUUCAUACCUUUCACAAUCUCAACGUCUCAAAGUACUUAACACCAAUUUCGAAGGGUAGCCACUUUUACAAUAGACCAAAACCAACAUGAAACGGUCUUUGUGCAACAUGUGUGAUUUAACGCACUCAGUGUAGUGUCAGGGUAUCACCUCCACAAAUGACAGGCACCCUCACACUACACAAGAGUUGGAAUCCAGAUGCCCACUAGACCCAGGAUGCUGCAACAUACCGUGAUAAGUAUUUGUCCAGGGAGGGUGUACCUUCUCCCCAGGUGUAAGCAAUACACCACAGCCCACUUUGUAAGCAAGUGCAUGUAAGUUAAAAAUAAAAAUUGAUUUUAUCUUCAGGGGUUUAUGCCUUUUUUUCUGAUUCAGACCACCAAGAUAGUUCCACCAAGAUAAUAUCUAGAACCAAGCUACAACAAAUCAUCAGACUGCGAAUACAGGCUAUCUGUGAUAUUAGGAUUGGAGCAAUUUCCAGUACAUGGAGGCUGCAACUUUCCACCAUACAACGGACCGAAAGGGAUGAAUGAUGGCUCGGAUUCUCA